AUGCCAAAAGGAGGUUCACCGGGAAAAGGUUCACCAGGAAAAGCGUCAUCGGCCAAGGGCUCUGCAAAUAAAGGCUCACCCAAGAAGGGUGCAUCUCCGAAGAGAGAUGGAUCGCCAAAGCAUAAAAAGUCACCCGACUUAAUUGAACAACUUCCAACCGUUCUAAAAAAUGUUAGACGCAAAAGCACUUGGACAGAAAACGAUUUGCCCAAAUGCGCCUUCAAGGAGAUGCAAUGUCCCAACUGUUAUCUGAUAAUUGAUAAUUUUACUCAAUUUCUAGCCCAUUGUUGUUGGCGUAAAUUUUAUCAGGCUCGAUUUCACCUGGCCGAAACACAAGCUUUUGGGUGCCGAACAUGUCGAAUGGUCUUUUACUCACAUGCGGACUAUGAUACUCAUUCGUGUAAUGAUCAUAAACUGUGCAAUAUCAAAAGAUUCCAACAAGUGGAGGAGGUUUUGCCAAUUGACUACAAGGAUCACUUUGAUUUCUACAUAAAUUGGCAUCGCCGAACUGAGUGGGAGGCUAAAAGUCAUGAGCCCGAAUGGGACUUUCAAUUGCGUUGUAUACGCUGUGGGAACUUCUUUAAGAGGCGAAUGGAAUAUCUAUUACAUUCGUGUUUUCAGUUCACUCUCCUUAAACCUGCCAUCGUUCGGCGUCUGAAAACCUGCACAUACUGCAAAUGUGUAUUUCUUGAUCAGUCUCAGUUCAGCAUGCAUCUGGAGGGCUGCAAGCCUAGUCAGGCGGAAUGUCUGGAUCUUCGGCCUACCACAUUUGAGAUAGUCUGUCAACAGUUCGUGCUGGCUAGACACUGUUACGAAUUCGAUCAUUGUUUGGCUGAAUCAGCAGAAAGCGAUGUGGAUGCAAAGGGGUUGGCAAAAAAUAAGCAUGCUCCUCAGCCGGCCCAGGAGAAUCAGAAAGAGACUCAACCGAUAAUAGUCGGCUGCACCCACUGCGGUUUCGAACAGCCCAAUCUCUACGAGUUCCUUUUCCAUCCUUGCAUGGCUGGGAGGCUGAUAACGCCGUAUCAACUAGAAUUGGUCCUUUAUUGCAACCAGUGUCAUUGUCUAUUCCUCUCUAUUGACGACGUUGUUAACCACUUUAAAUCAUGCGUCUACCUUGUAUUCACAUUUGUACGUCUCAACACACCGAAGCUUGUUAGGCUUGCCUUAACACGUUGGACCUUGGAAACCCACGCUAACCCUUACCUCCCAGCACGGCAACAACAGUUUAUGUGUGGCGCCUGCAAAGAAAUGUUUCGACAAUUUCGAGCACUUUUGGUACACUCUUGUCCGCGUUACGACAAAUAUGAGCGCCUCCUCAUCCAACCAUCUGCCCUCAUGGAGACAUACGUUUGCCAAGCUUGCCAUCUUGUUCUCUUUUCAACGCAUCAAGCGGUAACACACUCUAUCAACUGCGUCCAGGGUCGGUUCCAACGCCUCUGGCAGGUACACUAUACACUAGAGGAGGCAGUAGAUGCCCUAACACUGUGGAUGAAAGGUCCACAAUUAGUGCAACUCGACUUCUCUUUGGGCGUUGGUGACCCAGAGGAUGAGUCCGCCAUGAAAGAAGAGGAGAUUCGCGUUGCUAACAACUUGCCCAGCAUUGAUGUAAUGACUUGGUUCCAGGGCGAAAAUCGUCCUUCAAAGCGAAUUACGGCCUGGCUGAUGCGUCGUAAACAGGAGUCAAAAAAUCAGCCUCGUUCGGGUUCUCAAUUUUAUAAUCAACCACAGCAUACCAAAGUCGCGCAAUUAAAUGAACCUUCUUCAGAUGACCUGUCGACGAGCGCCGAUUUCAGCCUGCCGACUAUCAAUAUGAUGCCUUUCCUGAGGAAACCAAUCCUUCCCUGUCAUAGUUCGGCAUCCCUAUACAACAGAAUAUCUCUACCAAUUGGAAGUCCUGAAAUGGGCUGUCUAGUUAAUUUCAAAUAG